AUAAUAAUAAAAAUAUUGCUAACACAAUGCCUUUCGAUGAGGGCGCUUUUUCAUUACUGAUUGCUACUGUACUAUUUGGUGAUUCAGUUAUGACAGAAUCUGACAGAUUUUCACGACGCGACAUGAAUGUUGUGCUUGUAACUGGUGGUACAGGACUUGUUGGCAGAGCCAUUCAAAAUGUUAUCGAGCACGAUAAAAGAGAAAACGAGAAAUGGAUAUUUAUUGGAUCUAAAAAUGCGGAUUUAUGCGAUAAAGAAAGUACACAGAGGUUAUUCGAUUACCACAAACCGACACAUGUUAUUCACUUGGCUGCCAUGGUCGGUGGGCUUUUCCACAAUAUGUCACAUAAUUUAGAUUUCUUGAGAAAUAAUAUACAUAUGAAUGAUAACGUUCUGCAAGCUGCUCAUGAGCACAAUGUUGUGAAAGUUGUUUCGUGUCUUUCCACUUGUAUAUUUCCCGAUAAGACAUCUUAUCCCAUUGAUGAAACUAUGGUUCACAAUGGACCACCACAUCCUUCAAAUUAUGGUUACAGUUAUGCCAAGCGACUUAUAGAUAUUGCUAAUAGAGGUUAUUACGAUCAGCACGGCAGAUUGUAUACCAGUGUAAUUCCUUGCAAUGUGUUUGGUCCACAUGAUAAUUUUCAUUCCAGUGCUAGUCACGUAAUACCUGGCUUGAUGCGAAGACUAUAUGAUUUGUGCAAAAAUGGAGGAAAUAGAGAAGAUAAAGUAUUUACUGUACUGGGCUCUGGCAAGCCCUUAAGGCAAUUUAUCUAUAGCAUAGACUUAGCAAAGUUAAUAGUUUGGGUACUACGGGAAUAUGAUUCUGUGGAACCAAUUAUAUUGUCAGUGGAUGAGGCGCAAGAGAAAUCGAUAUCGCAAGUGGCCGAGACGUUAGUACGAACUUUCAAUUUUAAAGGAAAGGUGGUUUAUGAUACGUCGGCAGCAGAUGGACAGUACAAGAAAACGGCAAGCAAUGCAAAGUUACGAAAGUAUUUGCCCGAUUUUCAGUUUACGCCUUUUGAACAAGCGAUUAAAGAGACUGUUGAUUGGUACAUGAAAAACUAUGAUCAAGCGAGGAAUUAAGAUAAUAGUCGGAAUUCAGAUAUAAAUACUAAAGAAUACAAAA